GACUGAAGACAUGUGGACAAUAAUACUACCAGCUGAGCCCACAGUUAUUGACCUGCGGCCAUAUCAGCUGGUUACCAUAACAACAGCUGCAAACCAACAUGGCGGAUCGUGCAACGAAGGAAGUUGAGGAGCAGCUUAAGAAGCGUUAUAUUGCGAAAGAUAAAGACGUGGUUGAGCUGUAUUUGUCAAAAAAAGGAUUAGAUACAGUUAGUGAUUUAAAGCGGUUUAAGAAUCUACAAAGAAUAUGGCUCAAUGGAAACAAAUUUCGUAGGCUAAAUUGYUUCAGAACCAACUUCCAGCUCACAGAAGUCUACUUACAGAACAAUCUAUUAGUGGAGAUCAAUGGCGCGCUACAACAUCUGAAAUGCCUUGAAGUUCUCAUGYUGAAUGGCAACCAGCUGACCAAGCUUACAGAUGUUGUACAUGAAUUUAGAAUGAUGCAUAGGCUCCGUGAUCUGAAUCUUUUUGGCAACCCAUUAUCACAAGAGUAUGAUUACAGAUCCUAUGUUAUCCACCAUGUCCCUUCACUUGAAGUACUAGAUAGAAAAGAGGUCCUGAAAUCCGAGAGAAACAAAGCAUUUAARAAGUACGAACCAAGUCGUGAUAUGGUCAAAGAGACUAUAUCCUUUGGACGUCGUGUUGAUGGGCCACCAACUAAAGUUYAUUUUCCCCCUUCUUCUGCGACGUUUCCUAGUCCUGAUAUAGAACGUGCUGAAUUUCACACCGACGAAGGGAGAUCCGAGUCUAAUACAAGCAGUACAAAAGUAGAUAAUCUGGAAGCAGCCAUCGAAAAGCGCAGUCUGCAGAGAUCGAUAGUGCAGUAUUCGACAUUUGAUUGGUCAUCUAUACCUUUAUCUGAAGAAAGAAGGCUUGCGGGAGGACAAACACAACAACCAAGAAUAUUGACUGUUAGAUUUAGAUGAAAAUAAACAACAUAGAAAAGGAAAUUCAAUAUUUGCUCAAAUAUCAAAAAAGCUUUUUGUUAGAAGCAAUAUUUUAUGUGCCUUAACUCUAAGGUAAAUCCCUAGGAAUUGUCAGGAAAAAAAACAAGUCAAAUCCUCUGAAUUAUAGCUGCAAGUCGAAAGUCCGUAACAUAUACUUCACGUUGAAUUUCGACAACCUGAAUUACUGUUCUACCAAAUGCAGCUUAAAAAUUGUGCCAGCGAAAACAGCUAUGAAAAAUCAAAUUUGAAAUAAAACUUGAUUGAAUAUC